CGCGUUUCCUACCGGAUCGGUAACGCUGUGUGACCCGGCUCCGCGCCCGGGUGAGAGGGUCUGCCCGUCCGGGAAACAUGGCGAGUUUCUCCAGGGCGCCCCAGCAAUGGGCCACUUUUGCUCGAGUGUGGUAUCUCUUAGAUGGGAAAAUGCAGCCCCCUGGUAAACUUGCUGCUGUGGCAUCAGUGAAACUUCAAGGAUUGCAUAAACCUAUAUACCAUCAACUGAGUGACUGUGGGGAUCAUGUUGUCAUAAUGAACACAAGACACAUUGCAUUUUCUGGAAACAAAUGGGAACAAAAAGUAUACUCCUCACAUACUGGUUACCCAGGCGGAUUUAGACAAGUAACAGCUGCUGAACUUCACCAGAAGGAUCCAGUGGCAAUUGUAAAAUUGGCUAUUUAUGGCAUGCUGCCCAAAAACCUUCACAGAAGAACAAUGAUGCAACGGCUACACCUUUUUCCAGAUGAGAAUAUUCCAGAAGAUAUCCUUAAGAAUUUAGUGGAAGAGAUUCCUCAACCACGAAAGGUACCUAAACGUCUCGAUGAGUACACACAAGAAGAAGUAGAAGCUUUCCCAAGGAUAUGGUCUCCACCUGAAGAUUAUCGGUUGUAGCAGACUGAAAAUUGAAGAAAGAAUCAGUCAAUUGAAACUGCUUUGUGAUGUGUUUCUGUAACCUACAGGACAGAAUGAAACAACUCCAUUUCAGCAUCCAUUGCACCUGCUAAAUGCUCAGGAGGAAAGGUCAGGGAGGGAUAUUCCUUCAAAAGGAAUUUGCAAUAAAAAAAAACAUUGCUUGA